GCGUCGAACAUUUGGAUCGAUACGGAGGUAAAGAGGGAACAAGGUGGUCCGCGCUCGUUGCAUUCUUCUGGGCAUUGGCGAUUCCAACAUGGCCGCUAGGACUAGCCGUGACCGCUGGGUCCGCGGAAGCCAUGUUGGCAGGUGUGCUCGGCUCGAGAUAACCAGUUCACGUUCGUGGAACGCACGCGGCUGGCUAAACGGGAGCGGGUUCCACACAUUAUCGCGCAAUUGUCUGGGAAACGCGAUACGCGAUAAAGUCGUGUUCCUUUGAUUCAUUAGACGAGCAAUUAGUCAUGACUUUAGGUCGAAACCGCGCUUCGUUUCACGCUGUUAAAUAGCGUUGUUCGUUGGAUUUAUCGUGAACGUUGAGGCCCGUUGCUCGGGGGAUUCCGCUUUUCUUAUCGCUCGAUCGCUUUAUUCAUGUAGAAUCGUGAGUAAGGUCCGAUGGAAGAAUGCUUUUCGAACAGAGAUAUUUGGAUAGAGUUUAGUUGGUAGGAUGAUAAUAAGAGAAUUUCUUGACUGUACGGAACGUAUCGUACAAAGGGUCUUGUUAAUUGACGAUCGAUUACGAUAAUGGAGCAAAAUAUCACGAAAUAUAACGAUAUCUCUCGGUCUAUGAAUUCAAUUCGUAUCGAUGUUCAAUGGAAGUCACAGACGAAUGGCAAGAUGGCGGAUAUGUUUAACGUGGUUUACACUUAACCUUGUCACGUGGAUUCCUCGGCUUAAUUUCAAAAGAUCGAUUAUCGACGAUGAUUUUCACACAAGUCGCUAAUGUAUUCGGCAUUCGUAGAUUCAUUCUCGUCGAUCCCUUCUUCCUUCUUUCUCUUUUUUUUUCUUUUUUUUUUUUUUAUCGCACGGUAAACUAGAAAUGUUAGGAAGUCGGGAGAAACAAACGUUACGAACGUAGCUAAAGUCCUUGAAUCGCAUUUCCAUGGCAUUUCGUAAUCGAGGUAUACGUUACCAUUUUGCAACGGUGUGAAAGUCGCUUUAGAACUUCUUGCUUCAAAGUAGUAGUAGUAGUAGUAGUAGUAGUAGUAUCGUUUAUCUGGAAUUUUUUCCUUUUCUCAGAAGCCUAAAUCAUUUGUUUCGGGGUAAAUGCCGUACAUAGUAAAAGCUUUAUCUUAUCACGAAGGUAGAGCGGAAACGAAAGUAUAUGGCUUUAUCGGUUGUCGUGAAAAGUACAGUUACAUAUAUUCCCCGAUUUUAUUACUUUAAUUCGGUUAAGCGUUACGAAUGAAGAAGAAUAAGUAGUAGCUGAGAAGUAUCGUUUUCCAGAGUGUCAUCGGUAUGCCGACGGACAUCGUGGCGUCGUCGGCCUCGGCCUCGGCUACGGUCUCGGAGGAGACGAGCAGAGGUCGGGACCUGGGCCUUGGGCCGUCACCAAGGACGGCACCGACUUCAGCGGGCGCAUCGUCCUCAGGAUCAGCGGCACAGUCGACUUCGAGGGGCUUCGACCCGUCUAGCGCCCUGGCUGCCUAUCAUCACCAUCGACACGGCUUGGUAGCCGGCUUGGGUCACCAUCAUCAUCGCGAAUCGUCUGCAUUCGUGCCCGUGGUGCCUUCGAGGCUGCACUUGGCGCCCUAUCCGGCCGACCUGCAUCCUCACUUAACCGGGCCGCCACCUUCCUCGUCGAACGCGUCGAAUCCGGAUCACGAGGUCGGCGCAGAGUCGUCUGUCGCGAGAAAAUCCUCGUCCAGUUACGAAAUUAUGGCUAUGAUGGCGGACAAGAGGAAGGAACUAGCCGCGAGGGCUCUUCUGCUUCCGCCGCCGCCUCUUCUCGAACCGCCACCCGGUUACCCGGUAUUCGCAGGUCCCUUCCCGGGUGGUUCGGCGGCGCUCUACCCGCCUGGUGGACCCUUGGCGCAUCAACAUUUGGACAGGAGGCUCUUAAGGGCGCCGGGAAGGGCGUCCAGGCCUAAGAAACAGUUUAUCUGUAAAUUCUGUAAUCGACAGUUUACAAAGUCGUACAAUUUGUUGAUUCACGAACGGACGCACACGGACGAGCGGCCGUACUCGUGCGAUAUCUGCGGCAAAGCGUUCAGGAGGCAGGAUCACCUUCGAGAUCAUAGGUAUAUUCACAGCAAGGAGAAGCCGUUCAAGUGCGGCGAGUGCGGCAAAGGUUUCUGCCAAAGCCGUACCCUAGCCGUGCACAAAAUCCUUCACAUGGAAGAAUCUCCUCACAAAUGCCCGGUCUGCGCUCGAAGCUUCAACCAACGCAGCAACCUGAAAACCCACCUCCUCACUCACACGGAUCACAAGCCUUACGAGUGUACCUCGUGCGGUAAGGUGUUUCGCAGAAACUGCGACCUGAGGAGGCACGCGUUGACGCACGCGGUAGGCGACGUGCCUCCCGAAGCGUUGGAGGAGGCUCUCAGGGACGACGACAGCCCGGAAGAGGACUGCCAGGACGCCGGCUCGUCGUCGUCCGCGUCUACGACCAACUCCUCCUUGCCAGCUUCCACGACGAACGCUUCCUAUCCCUCUCAAAGCUCGUCCGGACCGCCGCAACCGCCUCCAGCGCCGACUUCCUCGUCCACUCUUCCUCAGAGACCUCACCUCCAGAUCAGAAGAGACCUGCUUCCGGCCGUGAAGCCGUCCUCCACGGUAACCAGCAGCGCAACUGGCGGACACUCUGUCACACAGAAUCCUCCUGGUGCGCUCCCACCCCCACCGCCAUUGAUUCUGACCUCGUACAGACGAAGAAUCGGAUCACCCGGACCGUCGAGGGUGCUGCUGGAGCUGCAGGAACGCGAGAGGGAACGAGAACGAGAGAUGGAACAGAGUAGAGAAAGAGAACGCGACAGAGAACGAGAGGAAGAGGUGUCACGACCACCUAGGGCACCCACCCCUCAGCCGCCACCUCCACCCAGACCCGCCCCAGCCAGGCAGGGGUUCACUAUAGCGGAUAUAAUGCGUCGGUAGAAGGGACAAUGUCGCAACGGAGAAUACCAAAUGAUCGUUUGCUGUGAAAUUGGAUUUCGAAGGAGGGGACUAAUUGGUGCAAACGAAUGGAAUCGUCAUGGACGACUUUCGGACAUGAUCCGAGUGAUGGAGUACUUUGUAAGCGGUAUAUUUGUAUCUGGAUGGUAGAGAAUACAGCGCAGGAGGAUGUUACGUGUUAGGACUUUUGCAUGGGUGGUCCAAGUGGCGUAGGCUCGUACGUCGAUAAUUCAAUUUCGUUUCGCGAGUAAUCGCGGUGAUUUUAUCAUUCGAUACAUGGAACGAGUAUGUUCCGUGGAAUGUUACGACAGAUACUACUCAGGUUACUAUCGUAACGUCUCUUACACGUGCAUUUCCACCGACACAGAAGCUAGAUGACGAAAGGCGUUUUUUCUGAAAAGACAACAAAACGUCGUCCUUGAAAAAAUGCUACAAGACUUUUCUUACGAGCGAGCUUACGUCGAUUUGGAUUGCCAGCCUUUGUGUAGUAUAAAAGAAUGAAGCAUGCCAAAUGACGAGGAUCGUUUUACAACGGUGGAAAUAUCGUCACGACAAUCGAAUGGUAUUGUUUUUCUCGAUUUGAUCGAUAAUUGCGAAACCAUUGCUACAGACUGUGGUAUUUUUUAGUUCAUUAAACGAACAAUGUAUAAAUUGUAUAAUCUUUUUCUAUUACAAAAUUAAAUGAACGUUAUAUUACCUUAAUUGUUAAACGCUAAAUGUUAAGUAUUCGAUAUCUUUUUCUUAGGAGAAAGAUUAGUUCGUAGAUAAUAUAAUAAUAACCUAGAUACAACGUUAAUUAUAUAUUAUUGUUACGAAGAGCGUUUAUAAAAAGAACAUUUAUAAUUGUUGUACAUAUGAAAAUAUUAGAAAAAGAUUGGAAAUUUAUCGAGAGUGAUUGAUUUUUAAUUCAACAAUGAACUAUAAAGGAAGAAGAGAAAAUUGCAAAGAAAUUGUUUUAUAUGAAUUUUCAUUCGCUGUAGAAAAAUGACAAUAUCUGUUCUUUGAAACAAUCGUGGCAAUAUUUUUACCGUUCUUAGAUACGAUUUUAUGUCGCGUUGGCAAUUGAAAGAACUUUUUAUCUCUAGUUAUAUACAUAUAUGGCUGUAUUUUUAUAUUCGAUAAGGGAGAAGAAAAGGAAGAGACAAAGAAACCUUAAGAAAAGUACAACGUGCAGAGGUUGGAAGCGUUAACAUUGACAAAAUUUUAUCAUAUUGGUGCAUCGAGGGGACGUUUGUACAUACAACUACGAAGUAUAGUUAAUCUUGGAACAAGCAAUCGACGCUAAAGUUCUAUUUUAUACGCUGCGAAUGUAAAUGUCGUACUUUUUCUAUCGAUCGUAUCGGACGAAUAUUCCGCAAACUAUUCGCCGAGUCGUAGAAAAAUUUAUUCAACUGAUAUCGACGUUUCUCGCAACUGCGAUAUCAAUUUUCAACGUCAAAAAACGUGCCUUAUUUUGUAUCGUACAAAGGACGACGAGAUGCAACGGAGCGGAGUCGAGAAUUCUUUCGGUCUCCGUCGACGCGUUUUCCGAAAAAUCUCUACAACUUUUUCCAUCGACGUUUCAUCCGCGUAUUCAUCCAUAUUUCGGUAACGUUCGGAAAUUUUCGAAAAGACGAAAAAUUCCAAAUUGACGAUAGUACGAGCCUUCGAGUACACACGUUCAGAGAAAAAGAAGCGACGUUCUCGCGACUUCCAUGAUACUUGCCAACUCCGUGAAGAAAAGAAAAGAAGAAAAAAGAAGAAGAAGUUGAAAGAUUCUCGAUAAAGGAGAUGCCGUAAAUAAAGAACGAAACGGGAGGAUUGUAAAACGCCUUCAUUGUCUGCAACGACUCAAGGAGGGGAUAAUGCAAAUUUUUCGGCCACAGGAAGAACCUGUGCCACCGUUGCCACAGGUGACAGGUGCAAUAGGGUGUCGAAGCUACUUGGUUUAGGUGGUACCUGCUCUCUUCUAAAAAUAUUCCUGACCCUAGACCGUUCCCCCCCACCCUUUUUUUCUUCUAUUCUACCGGUGGAGAGCAUCAUUAAGGGUCCUUUUGUGACCGAGGAUGCAUCGUCUAACCGCAACGAUGAUCUCCCCUUCGGUUUUAUUACCGGUCGAAGCGCGUUUCUUUUCUAGAAGAAACGUCUGUGGAAUUUAUUCGUCGAGCUCGCUUCUUCCUUCGGCGUUUAACGCUGCCCGUUGAUCAGCUCUUCGAGUCGAACCGUAUUUCACCGAGAACGAUGCCAUCUUUGCAGUUUUUAACUCGCCACUCGUUUAUCAAGCGGAUGAAAAUUGUGCUAUGAAACGGGAAUGGCAUUGCUUUGAACUUUGCAAUGGAUAGCGUACCCUUUUUUUAAAGAAGUUGUUUGUUUCGAUCAAUCAGAUGGACAAAUUCGAAAGAAGAUCGAAGCAAUAUUAUGCGUUAAAAGUAUUUCUUUGAAAAGAUUCCGAGUAUUGUUUUAUUGGAUUGUUUAUCGUACGAAAAGCUUGAAAAUGUUUCGACAUACUCAACGCUACUUUUACCGCAUUGUACGAUCGUUGAGAAUUGCACGAUUCUCGAGGAAUCGUUGAAAAUCUGAAGAAGCAGCUCGUCGAGAAGUGGAGGACAAUUAUAUAUACCGUACGAAACGAAAUAUCUUUGCGAGAACGAAAUGAAAGCUAUCAUACAACGUUGUAAUUUUUAUUUCGAAGUACACGUUAAAAUAGGAAUGAAAUUCCUAGGCCUAUGUGUAUAAGCGCGAAAGUGAUGGGAAAGGAAAGAAUGAGUUUGCGUAUGAGUGCGUGAGAGAAAGCGAGAGGGAGAAAGUGCGAAACAAAAGAAUUAAAAUAUUUUGUACUAUUUUUUAAUAUACCUACUGUAUAGUGAUAUAUGGAAACGUACAAUGUACUAUGUACAACGAGCUCUGUUCCGCCGAAUGAACUAGAAAUUCGCGGAUGGUUUAAGUCUCCUGUUAUUUUCUAUGUUAUUAAUUUACGCCAUGCACGAGCAUCUAUAUUUUUAGAUUUAUACGAGAGUUAAGUAAGUUUGUAAAUUAUAUUAAGAAAAACGAAAUAAAAGAUAUCAAAAACAUUCA